AGCAGGGGAAAGAACAUGGCCCAACUGGAACAGCAAAUGCCAUGCGAUGCAACUAGCAUAAACAAACUCAGAAAAUUCCGUGAUUAGGACGUGUUGUACCCUAACGCUCUAAAUGCAGACGAUAUGGGCACAACAUGGCCUCAGCACAGAUACGACAUUUCUAUAACACACCAACAACAAUUUCUUCAACAACAACAACAACGACACGCCAACUCUUACAACAACAGCAGCACACGAACAACUGCAGCAGCAGCAGCAACAGCAACAAGCGAAAGCAAUUUCCAAGCGUUACGUUUCUGGGCCACACACAAAAACACAGAGAUUCGGAGGCAGUUACAGGAGCAGAAGCCAGAGCAUCAGGAGCAACAUUAUGCCAGGCAAAAGCAUCAGAAACACGAACAGGAGCAGCAACAGCAGGAGGCACAGCAACGGCAGCAGAUGAUGUACGUGAGUCCUGGUCCGCAGAUGAGAUCACUGCUAGCCUCAAGACCCAGCCCAGGAUGCAACAUCCCUUGGCCAGCAGUGCUGCUACAUUGCAUGUUGCUGCUCCUACUGCUAAACAGCAGCAGCAGCACGAACAGCAGCAGCAACACAAAUGCCCUCAUCCUGCUGCUCCUGCCGGCCUGGCAGCUCAUGCAGGGACUUCGGAGCGGAAUUGCUAUGCCACGAGCACUUCUUGCCUAUCACGUCUAUCUUCCAAAGUCAGUCUCAGUCAGGACUCUACGAAACCUCACCAUAAAGAACAGCCACAACAACGAAAGCCCCUUCAACACGUCGCCAGCACUAGGGACUCGGAUGCUUCCACUUCGACGAAUCCGGCUGUCAGCAUCCUUAUGGAUAUGCAAAAGUUUGCACGCUCUAUAUUUCCGCUGGUUAUCAUCUUCAAUCUGCUGCCUUUAUUCUAUGCAGGUGGCGCUCAUCUAAAGUCGAACGGCGCUGACGGCGAGCCUUGGAUGCAGCCGGUGGUGGCCUAUUUGGAGGUGUCGUCGCGUCCCACCAAAUCGCCAAAGUGUGAUCAGACAUUUGUGUCGCGGAUCGGCGGUCCCCAGAAUGGCAGUUUCUCGGCCCCGCUAUUGCACAACCAUCGCAAUCAUUCACGCCAAUGCCUCUACACCUUCCUAGCAGGACCUGGACAGCGCGUCGAAGUAGUUUUUAAAUCGUUUAAUUUAAGAGGAAGUCCGCCAGACGGUUCGGCCGUCGGUGAAUUACCAAGUUGUGUUCAUGAGUAUAUGGAUAUCUACUCGGAGGUGCAGUCGUCGGAACCGGCGGAACUGAUCAAUUCGCCAUUCGGUGGCCGCUACUGUGGCACCAUUCCGCCUCGUCGUCGUAUUUCCAUGUACCGGGCAGUUGCGAUUUCGUUUUUUAGUAACAAAAACGUGACCACGGACCUCUUCGAGGGCACGUUUAGGUUUAUAAAUGCAUCGGAAUAUGAAAUCGGCAUUCCCAUUGCGGGUUCGCCAUGUUCCUACACGAUAACGCCAAGCAUGAGCGUCAACAAAACUGGUGCGCUCAUAUCGCCAACCUAUCCAGGUGCCUAUCCGAAGGAUAUGUCAUGCACAUAUCAAUUUCUUGGUGAAUCGAAUCAGAGAGUUAGAUUAGAGUUUCGCGAUUUUGAUCUGUUUUUUGGUGGACCACACUGCCCAUUUGACUAUGUGAAAGUGUACGAUGGUCCAGAUAAUUCGUCAGCAUUAAUCGGUACAUAUUGCGGACAGCAAAGAAACUUAGUUUUGUAUUCGAGCGAGUCGAGCCUUUUCGUUCAUUUUUAUACGUUACCGCGCACCGCAAAUACCCAAAAUCGUGGCUUUAAAGGAAUUUAUGAAUUUAGCGAGAGUUUUGUUAAAUUAGAUUUUAUACGUGAAAAUGAUGGCAUUCACAUACGUGGCUCUGAAUGUGAUCAAAAGAUUUUAUCGAAGAAGGAAUCCACUGGCUUUGUGCUCUCACCCAACUAUCCCUAUCCCUAUAUACCAAAAACUGUGUGUAGAUAUUUCAUCUAUGGCAUGCAGGAUGCCCAGCAUCUGGAGCGUGUACGCCUCGAGUUUAACGCUUUCAAUAUUCCCAAGGUGGAGCACAAGGACAAGAGCGAGUCCAACUGCACGGACGGCUAUCUGAAGAUCUAUCUAAAGGGCCAGGAGACGGCAGAUGCCUAUGACAAGUUCGACUAUGAGCUCUGUGGCAACGAGACGCAGCGCGUCAUUAGCGAGGGACCCCGUUUGGCCAUGGUCUUUAGUUCCGGUGAGCUUCAAGGUCGCGGCUUCAAGGGCAAGUACACCUUUGAGACGGAGUACAAGAUCCCGGGUACGGCUGCGCCGGAUGGUACCUGCAGCUUCACCUAUGUGAGCAGCUCCAAGAAGCGAGGCGAACUAAACAGUCCACGGUAUCCCUCCAAUUACCCUUCGGAUACGAACUGCUCGUACCUCUUCCUGGCCGAGGCCGAUGAGCAGGUGACCAUAGUGUUCGAUCAUUUCAAGAUCAAGGCGGACAACAAUGCGAAUGCCACGGCAGGAGCUUAUGGUUCCGGUGCCUGCUUUGAGGACUGGCUGGAGAUGUAUGUCGUCUAUCGGGACAACAAUGACCGCCUGCUGGGCCGCUACUGCGGUCAGACAGCCCCCGGACCCGUCGAGAGCCCCCGGGGAGCGGUGGGGCUGCGCAUCACUUUGCACACGGACCAGGAGAGCGUGGCCAGUGGGUUCAAGGCGCGCUACUUCUUCGAGUCGGCCAAAUCGGAUGCCGGCGACUGUGGCGGUAACUUCAGUAACCAGGACUCAGGACUAAUCACCUCGCCCAACUGGCCGGCAGGCUACAAGGCGCCCGGACGGGGCAUGGCAUCCAAUGCUUGCAACUGGGUGAUGAAGGCACGUCCCGGCUACAAGCUGUCCAUUCACUUUGAGCAGUUUGGCCUGGAAGGAGAUCCAGCUAAUCGCGGCUGUCCUGCUGCUGUACUGCGGCUGUGGAUGGAUGUGGACUCCGACCAGCCGCCGUUGGAGCUGUGCGGCGAGAAGCCACCCGUGGAGCACUGGCACUACACCUCAACCGGUCAGACGGCGCGCAUCAGCUUCACCACCAGUGACAAGACAGUGGGAGCCCAGGGCUUCCGCAUCGUGUGGACCGAGAUACAGGACUCGGGCCCGGGACCGCCGUCCGUGGGACUCCACUGCGAGUCCACGUAUCACUUUCAGUGCGGCGCCGGAUACUGCAUCUCCGACAAGCUGCGCUGCGACGGCGUCAAGAACUGCGGGCCCGGCGACGACACUGACGAAUUGCACUGUACCACGGAAGCGGCCGAGGAGGACUACGACGUUCUAAUAAUUAUAACACUUCUCGUCGCCUCGUCCCUAAUCUGUCUCCUAUGCAUACUCUGUCACUCCAGAAGAAACCGUAGGAACCAUGUCCGCCAGUUGGGCCUACAUCGCAAUGCACAUUACGAUUCGCAGACGAGUGCCACAGCAGGUCUCAGCUCCAGUCGCCGGCAUCUGCAGAGCGGCGGUGCCAGCAUCGCGGGCAGCUUGCAUGGGAUCAACAGCGGCAACCUGAUCAUACCGCCCGCUCCCCUGCCGCCCACCAGUGUGCCGCCGCCGCCACACAUCUGCAUUGCCGGCGUGGACAUGGGCCAUGGACUGAUGAGCGGGGAGGACGACGACGAGGACGACCUGGAGCUGGACGAGGACCAGCUGGCCGCGGACAUUUUCAUCAACGAUGUGCAUUUCGAUGAAGAUAAUAUCGACCAUGUCAACCAAAUGGCGAACGUCUAACGAUGGUUCGGCGGAAGUGGAGUCUUAGGCACUUUUAUCGCAACCUUCAGUUUCGGUUUUAAAACGCAUUUAGAAUAAGGCUACAAAUAGGAAAUGGCGAACAAAGCAACUUUGCAGAGCAAGAGUAGUAGUUUACACAGGAUACACAGGCUCAUACAGCGACACAGAAGAGGAAUCAGCAGCAGGAGGAGAACCGGAAACGGAAACAGAAACAGAAAUUCAAAAGUUAACAAUACCUAAAAGACAAGAAAUUAUGCAAAAAUGCGAAUUGAUUAAGACAUAAUUAUAAUGGCGAUCAAAGCGGGGCGCGAUUAGUAGGAAUUAUAGAAGAAAAGGAGCGCCAGCGACGCUAUAAAAGUAAAGUAGGGUGCGCAUAUUGUAGUUGCGAUAACACGAUUAGCCAGAUGCGUUUCACAUAAGUAAGGAAAGUAAAGGAAGGCGGGACGGGGAGAAUAAGCAACAAAUAAUAGCUACAUUUAAUUAACUAUAUUAUACACAUAGCGCAACACGUAUGGCGAAGAGUGGGAGGAAUAUGUAGAAAGCAGGGAGAAGGGGAAGCGGAAAUGGGCAAGAUAGAACAAGGCGGAAGUGCAGGAACGAAUCAUUUUCACAGCCACAGGAGUCGACCGCAGACAGGACGAAGAAGAAAUAAAAUAAUGUUGUUGAUUUUUAUAUUUGAUACGAGUAAUAUUUAGGUGAAGCAUAAAUUGAAUUAAUUAUACAAACAGGAGAAUCGAAGAGCGUAAGCGUAAAUAAAACAAUACUCACACAAAUUCGCAAACCGAUAGAUAAACUGAUAACGAAUAACGGCAGCAACAUACUAAAGGGCAUAAAACAAUAAUGAUUAACUACCUAUACAUACGCGCAUGACUUUUUAUUUAUACAUUUUGUACAAAAAAACAAAAUUAAAAGAAUAAUCUUCGACCCUUGAAGCUACACAAAUCAAACAUACAACAACAAAGAGGAGAAGUUGAAGAUGAAAUAAUGCAUAAAUAAAAGAAUUAGUGACUAUCAAAACUGUAUCUUCCAGCAAAGAAUAAAAGCAAAGAGUUAAAUUACGCUAAAUCGAUUGAGAGGGAGUUUAUAUGAGAGUAAAAGAGGAAAUUUAAUAAACAUUAGCGGCCCGCAGAUGGAAAAUGAAAUGAAAAG